AUGAUCGUCGAGUCUGGGGCGACGACGACGGCAUCAAUGGCAUCCUCGGCGCCAUCUACAUCGUCUACAUCGACCGCCUGUGCGACUCAUGGCACCUCUACUUCGUCACCCGCUACGAAACCCGCAACCACUGUUUCCAAGACGGAGCCGAAACCUAUCAAACUGCGGGCGGCUUGCAACCACUGUUUCUCGGCAAAGGUUCGAUGCGACGGGAAUAAAGAAGGAUGUCGCAGAUGCUGUGAAAAGAAGUUGUCUUGCGUCUACAGCGAGUCCAGAGUCGGCAAAGUGGUAGGCAAGCGAAGGAAGCGGCCUCUGGACGACUCAAUCGGCACGAUCAACUCGCAGUCCUGGAUCGUCCACAAUUCCAUCCCUAUACAGUCUAUUCCCUCGCCGGCCACCACCCAUACUUCGGAUGAGUCCGGCAAAAGACAGUGCACCGCUCCCACUUGGUCUUCGUAUCUCGUCGGAGGUGACCAAAGCUUGCUCAAUUUCGAGGAAACCACCGAGUCUCUGAGUGCCCUGGACAUGGCAGGCAACCGGAGCUACUCAAUGGCCAGUGAUCUCAGCUUCUUCAGCAACACCGGCCUGCCGACCCCGAGCCUCAGUCCUCCACAGUUCCCGCGAUAUCUCUCGCCCGCUCAAUUAGAAGCCCGCCCCAUUUCCAGACAAUCACCAUGCCCUGUUGAUCCCUCGAAACUGCACCCGCCGAAUCGUGGGACCUCGUCUCGCGUGGCCGACAUGGCUUUUGAAGACGAGGAGACGGUAUGCAUCAAGCUAUUGGCUCACCUGAAAAGGCACUCUACGGAUGACAUGCAGCCGCGGGAAAUGCAACUUGAGCUGCUGAGGAAGAGCAACGCCGCGGUGCGUCGACUACUACGCAGCAAGUCGAUCCAGACGGACUACACGUGCCAUCUGUUGCUGUCGAGCAUCAUCAACCAUCUGGUCCGGCUAUGUGAAAGGUUAUGCCAAGGGCGCCUGGACGAGUCGCAAUUUUUCUACGAACAAGUGCACUUUGAAGGCAUGCCCGGCUUUUUUGACACUCCGGUCCCGCAGAGCAGCGCCGCGGUUGAUCAGGAGUUGGCCGGCAGUCUCAUCCAAGAGGUGGGCGUCUUCACAACCGUAGUGGGGGAAUUUCUGAAAAAGAAACCCAUCUUUGGGUUUCAACAUCUGGGUCGGCACGAGACGUUCCACGUCGAGUUAGAGCAGAGGCUGAAGAAGGCUACAGUCUUACUCCAGGCAUGA